UCAUAACAUUUCGAGGGGGGGAAAGCAUUUUACCAUUUCCUCCUCAACAAAAGAGACAAUUUCUUUUCAAGUCCAUGUGUUUUUUUCAUCGGAAUAUACAUAGUUUAUUUCACAACCAUUUUAAAGUCCUGAUGGUUAUGAUAAUGUGCAGCUGAUGUGCUAAUAGAUGAAUAAUUUCAUUAUUUGUGAGACCAAUACUAGUUUAACUUAACAGAAUGCUCCACAUUCCUCAUUGUAACACAGGUUACAGGCUGAUCCUCUGAUAUCCCACCUCUAAAAUGACAUUUAGCCUGGAAUUAUGUUUAAUAUUUUGAAUUUUCCCGAUAAAAUAAUGAUUUUAAUGUUUUAACCUAUUUUGAUUCGUAAUAUCACAACUUUUCCUUUGCAGUAUUAGUCAUAUAUUUUUUCCCUGGAAGUGGCCCAAAUAGUCCGUCACACAUAGAGACUAAUGUUCGGUAGAGUACAAGUAAAGUCAAGUACUGUACUUAGAUACAAGUUAGGGGUACUUGAGGUAUUAACAAACGCUGAAGAUGUGAUGAACAAAAAUCUAAGACUUUCAAUCUCUAAAUGAAUAUGAUGAAAUGACUUCAGUGGACUUUACUCCUCUGGAGUUUGCAUGUUUUUGUAUGGUUAGAAGAAACUGUGCAAAACAAAGAAUGUGCAUAAAAUGUGUUUUCCAUCCUCUCAGCUCCAUGUCACCCUUAAUCUGAGCAGAGCACCGAGGUCUGUCCGCACCCAGGGGUGGACAUUGAGUCAUCCAGCAGAGGAUAUUGGCACAAUGGGAUUCUUGUUCCCGGUGCAACCUGAUUGGCCACACAAAAGGUUUACGGUGCGGAUUGCCAAGACUGUGAGGGGGACCAGACAAAUAAAUACCCCAAAUCCAUGGGGAGGUCAGAGACUUCCAGCUCAGGAGUGACCAGACGUUUUCUCAAGAGCUUUGCUUUGUGUGUUGCCACAAAAAGAAGGAAAACAUGGUCAGCCGAUUUGAGCACCCAGCUGGUGGCUACAAGAAGAUUUUUGAGACGUGUGAGGAGCUGUCUGAGUCUCUUCCAGCAACAGUUAUAGGGAGGAUUCCUUCCUUUCUGAGGGGAAGUCUUCUCCGUUUGGGACCUGGACUUUUCGAGGUCGGAGAUGAACCUUUCUAUCACCUCUUUGAUGGACAGGCCCUCAUGCAUAAAUUCGACUUCAAGAACGGUGAAGUGACCUACUUACGAAAGUUCAUCAGAACAGAUGCUUAUGUGCGAGCCAUCACAGAGAAGCGCGUGGUGAUCACUGAGUUCGGUACAUUUGGGUAUCCUGAUCCCUGCAAAAACAUCUUCUCCAGGUUUUUCUCUUACUUCAAGGGUGUGGAGGUCACAGACAACUGCCUGGUGAACGUCUACCCUGUCGGCGAGGACUUUUAUGCUGUAACGGAAACCAACUACAUCACUAAAGUAAACCCUGACACGUUGCAGACACUGAAGAAGGUUGACAUGUGCAACUACAUCAACAUUAAUGGAGUGACAGCCCACCCUCAUAUUGAGAAUGAUGGCACAGUGUAUAACAUUGGAAACUGCAUGGGGAAAGGAGCAACACUGGCCUACAACGUUGUCAAGAUCCCACCCACACAGAAAGAUAAGUCCGAUCCCAUCGAGAAGUCCAAGGUGGUGGUGCAGUUCCCCAGUGCUGAGAGGUUCAAGCCCUCCUAUGUGCACAGCUUCGGCAUGUCAGAAAACUACAUUGUCUUUGUGGAGACCCCGGUGAAAAUCAACCUGCUGAAAUUCCUGAGCGCCUGGAGCAUCCGAGGCUCCAACUACAUGGACUGCUUCGAGUCCAACGAGAGCCAAGGAACCUUGUUCCACCUUGCCAGGAAAGAGCCAGGAGAGUACAUCGACCUCAAGUUCAAAGGGGCAGCCAUUGGCAUGUUUCAUCACAUAAACACCUACGAGGACCAAGGGUUCAUUGUUUUUGACCUGUGCGCUUGGAAAGGAUUUGAGUUUGUUUACAACUACCUCUGGCUGGCCAACCUGAGAGCCAACUGGGAGGAGGUGAAGAAGGCGGCCAUGAUGGCGCCCCAGCCAGAGGUCCGCAGAUACGUCAUUCCCCUGGACGUUCACAAGGAGGAGCAAGGGAAGAACCUCGUCAGCCUGCCGUACACCACAGCCACAGCGGUGAUGCAUGCCGAUGGGACCAUCUGGCUGGAGCCUGAGGUGCUGUUCUCCGGGCCUCGCCAAGCAUUUGAGUUCCCUCAAAUCAACUACAGCCGGUUUGCAGGGAAGAAUUACACCUACACCUAUGGCCUGGGUCUCAACCAUUUCAUUCCAGACAGGAUCUGCAAGUUGGACGUGAAGACCAAGGAGACCUGGGUGUGGCAAGAACCAGACUCCUACCCCUCUGAGCCCCUGUUUGUCCAGACUCCUGAUGGGGUGGAUGAGGAUGAUGGUGUGCUGUUGACCAUCGUGGCGGCUCCCGGCUCCCAGAGACCAGCAUAUCUCCUCAUCCUCAACGCCAAGGAUCUGUCUGAGAUCGCCAGGGCAGAGGUGGACUGCAGCAUUCCCGUCACCUUCCACGGGAUGUACAAACCCUAAUGCGGCAUCACUCAGGACGUGUCCGGUCCUUCUGCGACUAGAUGACAUGUGCCAACUUGAAUGUAGUAGAAGUUCUAUCCCUCAAGUGUCUGUAAUGGUUUAAUUAGAGAAAUGGAUUUGUUCACAUGUUGUGUCACUGGUAUUUCAUGGUUAGAGAAAUAAACUCAUCAAUAUCAAUACA